AGCAGUCACUAAUUAGGGCAGUGCGUUGUGUUGUCAAGAAAUCAAGUUGAGAUACACAUUCUUCUCGGUGUGAUGGUCAGCAGAUCAGAAUGUAUCUCACUGGCGUCCACUUCAUUGGAGCUCAGCUCUUGCUGUGCAGCAUUGCCAUACCCAUCCGGGCUGAGCUCCCUCUGUUAUUUCCGGCAUCCUCAGUUUACCAGAUCACCUCCUCGCUGUCCGUGCCCGUGGUCAUUCCGGAUCGCAAAGUCUUCUGGGAUUGGGGUCUUCAGAUGAACUACGCCCUGCCGGCUCAACCGUCCUCCUUCUACGCAGCCACCAUAUGGCCAGAUGAGUUUUCGCGGCGGGAAAAGCGUCACUUGUGGAAUGAGACCGCAAAGUAUCUACCACAAGCUGCGUCCACAGUGCAUCCGAGUGACUUUACGGCCGGAGAGCUGUACGAGAGUCUGGAGAAUAUGCUCAUGCAGUAUGGCUUUGAUGAGUCCUGCCUGCUGCGCAGUGUUUGUGAAUUGGCGCGACAUCCUUUCGAGGACAUAGAAAACAAUAUGCUCAACGCCCUGCUGACGUUUACCCUUACGCCUUCUUUGCAUGAGGCCUUUGCACCUGGGGAAAACAUUUACCGAGAAGUCUACGAACUUGCUGAACAACAAGGAUUUCUUGGAAAGGAUUGUGGACAUAUAUAUUCCAACUGCCCCGUGGACUUUCUCAGUGGCAUCAGCAGCCUGUUGAGCUAGCAGUAUUUACCUGAUUCAUUAAACUGAUUGUGGACAAGCAGCUGGCCUAGAGGCAUAAUAAUUUAGGAAGGCAUUUUCAAUUCAAUGAAGCUUAAUUGUAAACUGCAACUGUGUGCCAUUGCAGAAAUAAUCUGGACCAAUUAAAUAAGCGACAAUGUUAUGGC